AUGGAAGCCGAUGAGUUGGACUAUCUCCUGCCCCAGGAUUGCCAGAACACCUACUUCGAUACAUGGGAUAGACACAACAGUAUCGCGUUUUCUACGGCCACCAAGGGACUGCAUAAUGCACCCGGGGAGAACAAUUGUUUUGUCAACAGCGCUGUCCAG